AUGGUUCAAUGUUGGGUUCCGUUAUGUUCUCACAUUUCCAACAGAGAAACCUGCAAGUUUUUUAGAUUUCCAGCAAAUGAUGUUGAAUGCAAAGUUUGGGCUAAAUCCGUGAGGAGAGCAGAUGCACAUCCUACAAAAAACAAUAAAAUAUGUAGUUGUCACUUCAAAGAUGGACUAAGAGAAAACAGACCUACUCUAUUUGAAUGGAACAAAAACAUAUCUUUUUCAUUUACAUCCCCUGAAAAACAUACCAAGCGUAAAAAGGUAGAGAACACAAAACUUUCACUGGAAAACGAGGAUUCAAAUGUUAUUGAAAAUAUUAUUGAAACAAAAGCAAAUGUUAUAACAUCAAAAACCAGUGCAACUGAUCGUUAG